AUGGAUCCGUUGGAUCCGUCGGACUUCUAUCAUGGAGAUGACUCCCGGGAAGGAGCGAACACCAAACUACCAGAGCCUGAUUAUUCUGCGGCUGAGUUUGCGGCGGAUGUGGCGGCUGCGGUCCAGAGCCCUCUCAGUUUCGGCCUCGGCGACCGCGACUUCUUACUCAAAACGAUCGAUUUUGAAAUGGAGGCCCUGGAGAAGCUGGACCGUGAGUUCCAGUCCCGCAGCGACAUCGACAUCUACUUCUCCAACUCUGACCAGCACCAAGGGGUCGAGCCCAUGGCGGAUGAUUGUAAUCAAGCCGGCGACGAUUUGGAAGAGGCGACGGCAACUCAUGAAUAUGGCUCCAACAACCUCACAGGCUCCUUGGCCUCUGACGUCCACCGUCGCAAUCACAGAGCCAGCGACGCCGAGGAAGUGGCCUCAAACCAGCAGGAACAUAGCUUGGACAAUUUCAAAUCUAGUCAGGGAGCAUCAUGUGCAACAUUGCCAGAGGUGAUCGGCGACGAAGAUGAUACACAAUCUACUUCUGGUGCUAAUAUAGACGGAGAGGAGAUUGAGUCCGAUUCUGGAGUGCCGAGACUGGGGAUGGUGUUCUUUUCAGAGGAGGCUGUAUAUGAUUUUUACAAUAACUACGCUAAACAAACCGGUUUCAAUGUGAGAAGAGGAAAAGCAGAAUAUUCGGGAUCGAACAAGGCUAUCAUCAAGGCAAAGUACUUCUUAUGCUCUUGCCAAGGGCGCAAGUCCAAAGAGCAGAUUGACAAGCCGACACGGUACAAAAGGCGGGACACGAGAACAGGUUGUGACGCUAAGAUCAAGUGCACAGUACAUGAUGGAACAUGGAAGAUCUCAAAGGUCGUCCUUGCGCAUAAUCACGAUCUCAAGGGAUGUUUCAGGAGUGGCCAAGGGCGAGUGGAAGACUCAUGGGCAACAACGGCUCUUUCGACCAGAAAGAUUGCGGACGAAGUUAGGAUGGCCAGAGAGCACGAUCACAGUGACGUCUCACAAGGCGCACGGAAGAAUCGCCCAUUGGCUGAGCUUGAGGCAACACAAGACUUAAUUGAUCACUUCAAGAAUAUGCAGAUCCAAGACCCUUCCUUUUUUUACACGGCACAAGUAGAAGCGGCGCACGGCAUGGCAAACUUUUUCUGGAGGGAUAGCCGGUCCAAGGUCGAUUACGAGCAUUUUGGGGAUGUUCUAGUCCUGGACACGAGAACUAGGAUCAACAAGUAUGACCUGAUAUGUGCGGCAUUUUGGGGACUUAAUCAUCACCGGCAGCGCAUCAUAUUUGGAUGCGCUUUCCUGGUCGAUCAAACCGUGUGUUCGUUCAAUUGGUUGCUCCGGACUUUCCUUACGGCGAUGAGCUGGCAGAAACCGCAGACCAUCAUUACUGAAGUCAGCGAAGAAAUUGCCGAUGCCUUAAGGGUAGUCAUGCCAGACACAUCCCAUUGUCUGCCAUAUUGGUCUAUCUUGAACAGUUUCGAUCAAUACCUUUCUCCCUUGAGUGACCGACCCGGCAUCAGCAACCUCUUCAGCGAGUGUGUCUUCCAUGUCCACUCUCAGGAAGAAUUUGAGUUGAAGUGGAAUUGCUUUGUAGGAAAAUACAAACUGCAUGAAAACGCGUGGCUCGCUUCUUUGUACGGAAUGCGCAAACAAUGGUCUCAUGCGUUCACGAAGGACGUGUUUUCAGCUGGCCUACUCUCGAUACAAAACGAUGAGGAUGCUCGUGCUGUUUUCGGGAGUCUCUCCUGCGAGGCCAUGAAGCUAUCCCAAAUUGCACGCCAGUGUGGAAAGUUGGCCGAUCACAUACGCAGGGAAGAAUUUCUGGCGGACAAGCACUGCGAGGAAAACACAACGAAUUUGAUAUCUAGGAAUGCGAUGGAGAAAGAAGCUGAAUGCUUGUAUACUAGACCGAUCUUCAGGAUGUUCCAAGAGGAGUUGAUUAAUGCGCUAUCACUAGCAAUCGACAGAAGUGGGGGCACGACGACUCUUCCUGAGUUUAAGUUGACAGAAGAAGGCAGCAUGAAGAUAAACACGGUCAAGUUUGAUCCUUCCAAUUCAACAUUAGCAUGUAGCUGUGGGAAGUUUGAGUCAGUUGGUAUCUUAUGUUUUCAUGUUCUGAAAGUACUCAACUUCAAGAAUAUCUUCAAGAUACCGUCCCAUUACUUAUUGAAACGAUGGACCAAAUCUGCCAAAGAUAGCCUACCAGUGGACACCUGCAGUGCAGGGAUUGCACGAGAUAAUGGUCUGGCCAAUUCGUUUAUCGGUGAGUUUAUGCGAAAGGCUUUGCAUGUCGCACAUAUAUGUGCAACUAAGAAGAGGGAGAGAAUAGCUUUGAAGUCCAUAGAUUUGGCAUUGGAGCACAUUGCAAAGGCUCCAAGAACAGAAGAAAUUGUAGUCACUCAUGAUGAUUCAGACAGUAAAGAAGAUAAGGGUCAGACUAUUUGCAAUGAUGCUCUUGAAACACAACUCGACCAAGGGAAUGUAGCUAAAUCUGGGAUGGGAUUUCCAAGAGUUAGGCGCAAAGUUGAAGGUGAUCGACCAGCUAGGAAACAGAGGACGGGAUACCCUCGACAAUCAAACGGAGGAUUGACCCAAUCACGUCCAAAACGUGCCUAUGUAAGAGCUCAGAUGCCUCCGACAUCUAUGUCUGACCGACAUUCGAAACAUGCCGAUUGAAAUGAAAGAGGUCAUUGGCAUAUCAAUAUUUAGGACAACCGUCAGCGCAUGAAUUGAAUAGCCGAUCAUUCAGUUUCUAAGUUCUGUUUUGCGACUGCUCUCCACAAAUCAUUCAAUUUCAGAAAUCGCAAAUCAUGUUCUGAUCACUUCAGGGCAGAACAAACAUCCUUACAAAUGUUACUGAAUAGAUUCGUUGGGCGGGUGUCAUGAGAAUCCUGCCAUCAUUGAGACGCUGUUCUGUUCCUCCAGGGUCGUCAUCGUCACAAGUCGUGCAAAUGACCGCAACACUUUCUCCUUCAGCGACUACCUGACUACAUCCUCAGCGGGUGAGGACUAGUGCAGUGACCUCAGAUCGCUCUGGAUUGUCGCCUUUGGUUAUUCAUCUUUGUUAGUUUUUAAUAAUGUAAUGUACUUAUUUAAGGGCGAAUGGUUGGCCAAUUUGAAACGUGGAGAUAAAAGGGCCCGAUAUAUGUGAAUG